UUCUGGAGAGAGUUCCAUAAGCCCACAUCUGGGUUUGGCAAUAGGUCGAAUAUUCUCUGGGCUUCAACUGGUUUGUUAAGCUUCGCAUACGCAUUGAGCAGCAUGCAGGCGGAGUUAUGCUGAAAGUCUCCGAUCCUCAAGGAGUGAGCUAGGAUUUGGUUGAGAAGAUUGAAGUGGCUUCCGCAUUUUUCGAGUAGGUUCUUGAUUGGAAUAUGUGUCAUCUAAUUGAUCAGAAGAUGUUUGUGUGGUUUUUCUUUAUUCGUCGAGGAAUGAAGACUUUAAGCUGAAAGAUGCCAUUUUUACCGCCAUUUCUGCUUUGUAUUCGUACUACUUUUCCGUGGAGGGCAAAAUCGUCAUGGCAAAAUAUUGAUGGGGUUUAACUUUAUCCUGGCGGACCUGACAGAGGAAGAACAAAUAAAGGGGAAAGCGGCGACCGGCAAUGGCAAGCCUUAAUCUUGGCCUUCCAUUUCACUCCGUCGCUGGCCGGAGUCUACGGCGCCGGUCGUUGAAACCAGCCGCUCGUCAAACAGUUUCAUGUUCUAGUUCUCUCACGAAUAAGUUUAAGAGGGCGUACACGAGCGUGAUGAUAGUGCCAACUGGAGUGGGAGCGGCAAUUGGCGGCUACGCCGGGGAUGCUUUGCCGGUGGCUCGAGCUCUCUCCUCCAUCGUCGACUGCCUCAUCUCUCAUCCUAAUAACUUUAAUAGCUUCUGCUUUGAAAAUUUCAUAUGCAGCUUUGCUGUUCUUAAUGCAGCAAUGCUCUACUGGCCAAUGCCAAACGUGCUAUAUGUCGAGGGCUAUGCACUUGAUAGAUUUGCUGAAGGCCAUUGGGCACUACAGCCGGUUCAUCAGAAUAAGGUGGGGCUGGUUCUUGAUGCUGGAAUAGAAGAAGACCUUCGGCUUCGUCACCUGCAGGUGGUGGAUGCAACAAGGGCUUCUCUCGGUUUGCCUGUUGUGGAGUACACUGUGACUGAUGCUGCUUUACAGGUAUGCAAAGUUAUUGUUGAUAAGUUGUACGAUGUAAAUGCGGUGAUGCUCGAUUCUGUGGAAAAGUGGAUUGAACUAGAAAGUGGACAAUCAACCGGGAGGAUAAAACGACUGGAUUCCCUCUUAAGGGCUGUGGAGAAAUUAGUAGAUACAGCCAGUGUAAAUGCUAUAGCAGUUGUGGCACGCUUUCCUGAUGAUGAUACUGAAGAUGAUGUGGAAAAUUACAGACAAGGCAAAGGAAUUGAUCUUCUGGCAGGUGUAGAGGCGGUGAUAAGCCAUCUGGUGGUGGAGAGAUUCGGGAUACCUUGUGCCCAUGCUCCUGCAUUAUUACCUUUUCCAUUAAAUUCGUCUUUAUCCCCAAAAUCAGCUGCAGAAGAGAUAGGGUACACAUUCUUGCCGUGUGUUCUUGCUGGCCUGAGCACUGCCCCACAGUACUUGGUCGAGAACCCCAAGUUGCUAGGAAAGGACAGUAUAGUAGCUAGUGAUGUUGACAGUGUUAUUCUACCAAUCGAUGCUUGUGGAGGAGAUGGGGCUCUUGCAUUUGCCAGCAGGAAAACUAACAGGCCACUUAUAAUUGCAGUCGAAGAGAAUGAAACAGUUUUGAGUGACACCCCUGAUAAACUCGGGAUCCAAGCAGUAAAGGUAGCUAAUUAUUGGGAGGCAAUAGGAGUUGUGGCAGCUCAUAAAGCAGGAAUAGAUCCUUUUUCCUUGAGGCGAGACGGAAUAAACAACAUACGGCUCACGAUGAAUCAUAACUAUCAUAAUAAUGCUUCCUCUUUGAAUGGAUGUGGUGCUGUGGCCGGGAAUUUUCUUUCUUAGAGGAUCAAAUUUCAUUUUUAUGUGCUCCAUUUUAGGGGAAGAUUUUGUAGUUUUCAUGUUUUUAAGCAUAUGUAUACUUGCACUAAAAUCAUCUGUCUCAAAUCUGUUUGGCAGUUUGUAGCACAGUUGCCAAUUGUGUACAACUCAAAUUCCUUGUAAAUUUUAGUUUUACCUAUCAUUAUAAUGGAAUAAAAUUUUCUCUUUCUUUUUAA